CGUAAUCUCUCCGAAAAAGGUCAAGUAUAACAAGAUAACAGUUAAAAAUAGGUUCUACAUAUUUCUCCUUUGUAAUGAACAUUGUUCUCAUGAAGCAUGAAAAUGUUUGAAAACAUAGUGAACGCAUUUAUGUAAAAACAUCAGGGUUUCUUGCUGCAUAGAAUUUGCCUGCGUCUCUGUCGGAAUCCACACACAACACACAGGUUUACCUUUGCACCUGUCAGGUGCGGCUACAGAGACGGGUGCAUUGUUCUAUGGCAUGGUAACCAGAAGCUAAAAUAGUAUGGGCACAAGAUUGCCAUCCUAUACAAUGGAAGGAGGUAAAAGAUCACGUGACAUUAAUACUUCUAGAAAGUUAUCUCCAGUUUGUAUCAUUCUGCCUACAUUAUUCCUAAGCCUUCAGAUCACACUGUAUUCAACAGUAUCAGCACAAGAUGGUCUGAUAAGGUGCGAUGUUCUGUCUGCAAAACUACAUGGUAACACUUCUCUGACCUGUCAUUUUCCUGAAGAUGUCAGUCAAACGAAGAGAGACUUCAGCGUGUCACGAUACUCAGAUAAGAACAAUACAUAUGAGAUUCUGGACUGCUGGUGGAUGUCAGGAAAGGUAGAGUGCAGAAAUGCCCAUGGAUACGAGUAUAACAAAAUAAUAUCUGACAGACUGUCGCUGGAAAUUCUAGAAAUUUCAGCUCCACAAGUGGCUACUUACGCCUGUCACCUCCCUGGAUAUGGACCCGACUCCAUUGUCACCUGUGACCUCAAUGUUGAGCUAGACGGAAUCUCCGAAUGUGAGAUCCUGUCUGUGAAGCUGAAUUCACAAACUGCGCUGACGUGUUACUUUCGUGAGGACCUCAGCAAAACUCGGGUGGAUUUCUCAGUCUCUCACCACUCCAAGCUCGGUGUUGCAGAUCGCGUGUUAAGCUGCACAUGGACUGGUGACAGUCCCACUUGUACCACGGCCCUCGGCUACUUGUUUGACAAGAAGGUGACCUCUCACCUCACGCUCCAGAUUCCCAGUGCACUGGAGGUCCACGAAGGGACGUACAGCUGUCAGACAGCGAGCGCUGUCUCUUCUAAGACCUGCUCGUUCGCUCUUGAGCAAGAUAACGGAUAUAAAGGAAAAGCAAGCUGCAAUAUUUCAAGUGUGAAGGAGAAUGAACCUGCAGCAUUGACAUGCGUCUUCAGCUCCGAUAUCAGUGUUACUAAAGACAACUUUGAAGUGGUCCGUCCUGAUGGCAAAGGUCCUAAUGUUGCAAAUUGCACCUGGACAAACGGCAAACUGGAGUGUACCACAGCCACAGGGUUCGACGUCAACAAAACAGUCACAGAUCACGUGAUCAUCAGAUUAUCACAAGCCACACCUGCUCACACCGGACAAUAUGCUUGUCGUCUGCAAGGCUCUGAUGACGGCGGCUUCACGCCGUGUGCUUUGAUCGUCAUGGCAGGAGACCCUCGUGAUGAAUUUUAUGCAGCUGUAGUUGCAGGGAUUGUUAUCUCACUGCUGGUUGUGAUAGCCUUAAUAACUGCUAUUCUUUUUGUACUGUGCAGAAGAGGUAAAAUUGUGUGCAAGCAUCCUCCGUUCCUACAAAGAUUCUCUAAGAAACAAGAAGAGUCUGAAGAGGGUCAGUCAAUGAUACCCAAAAAGUCUUCGCAGAAGAUGGAUGAGACGACAGAGAAAUUUCUGACCUACCUGUCUGAUGAUUUCAUAAAAAUGUAUCCUGACUUCGACACAAAAUCGUAUCUUGUGCCACCGCUGUACUUUAACAGAAACACAUACAAAGAAGGUAACAUCGGUGGACAACAAGUGUACAUCACAAAGCCACCCGAUGAGGAGACCGUGAAACAUGACCUGGCGAUGGCUCGUGUCCUCCACAGUCUCCGUCUCUUGGUGGAGCAGGAGGACCAGGAUGUGAUGUUUUUCAUAUCACAGUUUAACUACGACGACUACCUGGCUACACCAGGACAAGACUUUCUCAGCCACAAGCUGCCCAUGCCAGUGGGUCUUAUAGGGCAAGAAAAACAUUUCGGGGACUUUGACAUUCUUAUCCUUCAUCGCAAUCUCGGGGUACUGGUUGGGGUGGUCAAAGCUUGUAGUGAUGAUCCAGGUAAGACAAAUGACACAAUCAUUGUCGAGGAGAUGAAAAAAGGCUGGGAGGAGCUGAACAAUGCAGACCGCAUGUUAAAACAUCUUUUGUCUUCUGAACAGAAUGAAAUUGUUGUACACAAAUUACUGAUGUUGCCAAAUGUAUCCCAAGACCGCCUUGAAAGCUUAUUACUAGGUAACGACGAUAUGACAAAGGAUCUAGCUACAUGCCUUGGAAUUUCAGAGCCUUCUUAUCUUCAUAAAGAAUGUCUGUGCACAGAGCACUUGGAUGAUGCCGAUUGGAUUGGGUUAGGACUUGAGCUGAAGAAAUUGUUAAUUCGUCGAUUGAUGAGAUCAGACGAUAAUACGCCAUUUAGUGUCGACCAGUAUGUGGCGAUAAUUUCCAGGUUCUGCGGACCUGCCACACCCUGGUCCUUAAAGAUUCCAGGUGGUCCUCCAAAAGCUGUUCUGUCCCCGGCAUUCAAACACUCGCUGAGCAUGACGGGAGAUUUAUUCUGCGCGCCAGUCCUGCAGCCCGAGCAGUGGGAUGCUCUCAAUGACCACAGUCCUCGUGUGGUUCUCACGGGGCCGCCAGCUUCAGGGAAAACAAGGAUGCUUGUGUUGACAGGAAUACGAUGGAUAUCCGAAGGUCACACAGUCCACGUGGUGUCCACUUGUAAAGAGAGUCGAGCAGCUACGGAGAUGAUACACGCAGAGCUGUCGAGGGUUUUACAGGAGAAACAAUUACCAGGAGCAGUCAGUCUAGUCCCCUUCGAGGACGAAAGCAUAACAGAAGGAGUUAUACAAAUGACAGAAGAGGCUGCUGAUGGAUCUUUGUAUAUUAUUGCUGAUGAGCCCGAGUCUUACAAGAAACAACCGGAAUUUAGGGCUUUUGUGGACAGUCUACAAAAAGAAGUUCCAGAACUUUAUCUCCGUGCUGCCAGUUAUUUUCAAGAAAACGUCCCGGUCUGCUGCAAGACACAAACCUUUACCAAGAGUUUAACCUGUCCACCAUCAAUUCUCUUGCAAGCGGAUGUGACAAAAGUUUUCUCUGAAUGUGGCAUCACUGCGUGGAGACCUGACAUGAGAACUACAGCACCCACAGAAGGUCCACCAAUUAAAUUUGUGUACCACAGCAACGAGGGGCACAAUGGGAGUCAUCCAGGUGUCUGUGGAGAAUGUGCAACAGAAGUGAAAGAAUUUCUACAAACUUUACACAUCUGUAACGAAGCUGAUUGUUCCCGGGAGACUGAUGGCUUGUCGCACCUUCAUUAUAAAGACAUACUGUUUUUGUAUGAAAUUACUGAUGACCCCAUUAGCACUCCAAUCUAUAAAGUGCUGAUGGAUGCAGGUAUAAAAGUUAAAGUCCUUGACAAGGACCAUCCUGUACUGAGUGCUAUGAGAGCCACAAAUGACGAGGUGUUAAUAACUAGAGGGAGACACGUGCUCGGGAUCAAAAAGAAAGUUGUUAUUUAUGUGCAAGGAAAAUGGAAAUUAUUUCAAGACAUGCCUCAACACUGGAAACGAUUGCGAGGUCUGACCAGCUGUACCUCUCAGCUAGUCUGGGUACGAACUAAAACACUGUAAUAUAAUAUACACUGAGGUUGUACCAAUAUUCCUAAUGUUUGUUGUGAUCUAAACUAAUGUUUUUGUUUACCUGUUUGUGUAAGGGAGAAGCAAGCCCACUCAUGCACGACACAAUAUAAGACUUGAUACAAUUCAUUACACACGACACGACACAAUAUAGACCUACUACAACUCAUUACAUGUUGCUAACAGUCUACGGAUAAUGACAUAUCGUUAUAUCUGUUAAAGUUAAUGUUUCCGACUUCAAGCUAAUGCUUUUCUUACACAUAGUCUAGUUUUGAAAUUUUUCUUUUGUAACAAUUUUGUUUACUUUGUGUGAUUGUAUUUUUGUUUGUGUGUAUGUAUAUGUGCAUGGUUUAUUUUCUUUGGUUGCAUGAGCUCAUCACAAUUCGACAGGUGCAUUUUUUAUAUAUGACAAAAUCUGAAGAAUGAAGCUUACUACACAUAUACAGUCUGUAGCGGAUUAUAUUCAUUUAUUUUAAGCAAGAGAAAGAUUAUUCCACUUCAUUUUACCAUGUUAUGUGCUGCACCUGAUAGUUUCACUUGGGUAAGUUUGCUGAACCGCGCUUUCCUUUCACUUCAUAGAUAUACAAUGGGCAGGAAACGUAUACAUUUCUUGUGUACAAUAAAAGUGGUAAAUACUUGGUAGUGUUGAUUUUUAUGUCUAACG